UGUUAAAUAAUUACAUUUUCUUGAAAACAGUUUCUCAGUCCUGUAUACUAUUUUUGAAGGGACACUUUUAUUGUGAAAGAAUCCAGGCGGAAGUGGUAGUUCUCUGCUUUCAAGAAGAAAAACGAACAAGGCACACGUCAUUUCAUAUUUGGUCACGAGACAAAGAUGGCAUCAAGCAGUUCGAGCAGCGAGGAGGAGCGGAGCCUCCGAGAGUGUGAGCAGUAUGUCCAGAAGCACAACAUCCAGCAGCUGCUCAAGGACAGCAUCAUCCAGCUGUGCACGGCCCGGCCUGACCAGCCCAUGGCCUUCCUCAGGGACUACUUCGAAAGACUGGAAAAGCAGGAGGAGGCCCAGCAGAUGGCUUUGCAGCAGAAGUGUAGUUCGCGGUCAGACUCCCGUGAGGACGAAGUUUCUCCACCCAUGAACCCUGUGGUGAGGGGUCGGAGCCGGAGAGGAGCCAUCAGUGCCGAGGUGUACACAGAGGAAGACGCUGCCUCCUAUGUCAGAAAAGUCAUCCCAAAAGACUACAAAACCAUGGCUGCCCUGGCCAAAGCCAUGGAGAAGAACGUGCUGUUUGCCCAUUUGGACGACAACGAGAGGAGCGACAUUUUUGAUGCAAUGUUUUCUGUCAACUACAUUGCUGGAGAAACAGUCAUCCAACAAGGUGAUGAGGGAGACAACUUCUAUGUUAUUGACCAGGGAGAUAUGGAUGUUUAUGUGAACAAUGAAUGGGUGACCAGCAUUGGUGAGGGAGGCAGUUUUGGGGAGCUGGCUAUGAUCUAUGGGACCCCUCGUGCAGCUACUGUCCGGGCCAAGUCCAAUGUCAAGCUGUGGGGCAUUGACAGAGACAGUUACAGGAGAAUACUGAUGGGGAGCACUUUGAGAAAGCGCAAGAUGUAUGAGGAGUUCCUCAGCAAGGUGUCCAUUUUAGAGUCUCUGGAUAAGUGGGAGCGUCUGACGGUGGCUGAUGCCUUGGAGACGGUGCAGUUUGAGGAUGGCCAGAAAAUUGUAGUGCAGGGAGAGCCUGGCGAUGAGUUCUUCAUCAUCCUGGAGGGGACAGCAGCGGUGCUUCAGAGGCGCUCAGAGGACGAGGAAUUUGUGGAGGUCGGCAGACUCGGACCGUCAGAUUACUUUGGUGAGAUCGCCCUGCUGAUGAACCGGCCCCGUGCUGCCACUGUUGUUGCAUGUGGACCCCUCAAGUGUGUCAAACUGGACCGGCCAAGGUUCGAGCGAGUCCUGGGUCCCUGCUCUGACAUCCUGAAGAGAAACAUUGAGCAGUACAACAGCUUCGUUUCCCUCUCUGUCUAAGCUCGUCAGCACUCGGCACCCUUUCCUCUUCUGCAGGGCUUUAGUUUCCUACUUCUCUCUCUUCCACAUGUUACCACACCCACAUGACCCCCCUUAAGAGCACUUCAAUACAUCUGCUAUUCCUCUUUUUUAUUUUUUAUUUAUUUUAUUUUUGUGUACUUGUUUUGUGUGAAGGGAAGAGUUUUGAGGUCAGACACAGUUCAGAGGGUUGCUUCAUCACCUGCAGCUGUAAUCCCAAUACCAGAUAGGUGUUUGCGUACACUUUGAACGUAUAGCUGAACUAAAUGUGGUGAAUGCGUGUCUGACUGUGCGUUCACACUGUGAUCACUGAGAGUUCAGAGGUCAGUUACAUUAUAAGUAUUUAGAGCUUCACAACAAGCCAUGUAAAGAUAGUGCUAAGUCAAGUCUAUGUAUUUAUAGGGCAUUUUAAAACAUGCUGAUAAAUAGGUCAUUAAAAUGGGAAUAUUUAUAUAAAAUACACAGAUGACAUUCAUUUAGACAUAAUAUGAAGCAUUAUACUGUAUAGUCACAAUAUAACUUGUGUAGAUGAAAUAGUUGAAGACAAAUUAAGACAGGAUAUAAAACGUGAAUUGAAUUAGGGAUGGUGUAAGUUAAUUUGUUCCACAGUCUGAUGGAUCGAUGAAAAAUGACCAACCCAAAAUAUUGUCACAUUAUAAGUUUUGCAGUAUUAGGUCAAAAAUGUUGACAGUGUGAAUGCACAGUCAGUGGCUUAGGAGAGGCUCCGGAGAUCUUCAGUGUUCACAGGGAUGCUGGGAUGGAUGGUUUCAUGCUGACUGAGGAAGGCUAUGUUUUUGAAGCAGUACGGCAAAAGUUUUGUGUUUGCUGCUGUUCGUUUGUAUUUGUCGAGAUGUUUUUAGCCAUGCUAGCGCGGGUCUCGGGAUGGCUGUGUCGGUCAGUUGGUCCGCUCCUUUGGUCUGGACUGAAAUAUCUCAGUCAACUAUUAGAUACAUUUGCAAUAAAAUUUGGUCGUCCAUGUCCCCUCAGGAUGAAUUGUAAGAACUUCAUCUGACUUUUCAUCUAGCGCCAUCAUCAGGUCAACAUUUCAAUUUGUCCAAUACUUUGGUUUAUGACCAAAUAACUGCAAAAUGAAUGACAUUCCCAUAAGCCUCAGCUGUACUUAGUGCUAAUUUGUAAAUGUUAGCAUGCUAAUACACUAAACUACAAUGGUAAACAUCUGCUGAACAUCAGCAUGUUAUCAUUCUCAUUGUAACUAUGUUAGCAUGCUGGUGUUAGCAUUUAGCUGAAAGCACUGUUGUGCCCAAGUACAGCCUCACAGCUAGCGUGGCUGUAGACUCUUAAAUCUUGUUUCUUUUUUUCUUUGUUUUUAAAAAAAUAUUUGUAGUCCUUGUAGACACUCCUUUCUUAAAGGGUUGCCUUGACAUCGAUAUACUUACUUUUCCCAGAUCUCGUCACAGUGUGACAGAAGUACCAGUACCAGCCAUACACCUACUGUAUGGAGGAUGUUUUACCAGGAAGAGAAAUGACUAAACAACUAAACAAACUAUAUGCACAAUUCAUUUCCAGUUAAUCUCCAUUUAAACUUUUCUGUUUAACAUUUCAGAUUUUCACUGAAAGUUUUUAGAUAGUUUUUUCUAAAUGAUUUCAUUUUUGUAUUUCCUGUUUGUUUUUACAGUUAAUUGAAAAUAGAGUGGGAAAAAAAGAGAAUAAUUACAUUUUCAGCAACAUUUGCUCUUAGUUUUCUUUUUGCUCUUUAAAUGUAAUUACAUUUGUGGGUGAAAUUUUCCCUUAUAUUUAGUUGGCAGUGUUUGUUAAAGGAUACAGCAAGUACCCAAAACACUUCACAAUGUCUAGGUAUCUCUUUAACUCUGCUGACAUCGGCUCUGAUGUUCUAUUUACAGCUCUGCUACAGAUCUAUAUAUUAAGAGUAAAUGAAUAUUUUUUGCACAUUGUGAUAUACAAAACUAUAUAAUCAAAGAGAAAAUGUUUAUAUGCUGUUAAGUUCACUGUUUAGUGUACGUCUGAUCCUGUCAUUUAAAGGGUUAGGGUUAUGCUAGGUCAAUACUUACAACAACAAAAAUGGUACCUCUCGGAAGAUCAGACGUUCUGCAGUAAAUAUGGAAGACACGUGGCAUCACAAACAAGCUGGUGCCAAAUAUGAUGAGAUUUUCCAUAUUUCAAAGUCUUAAGACGGUGUAGUCCCUCAUUCGUCCAGGAGUGUUCUAUCGUAGAAAAGGUUUCAGUUGUAGUCAUCUGGACACUGUUUUCAGAAUCAAGACGUUUCGGCUCCCAUCCGGAAGUCAUUCUCAACUGUGAAAAUAUGGAACGGGAACUUCUAGUUUUCUCUCUAGUUCCCGUCACAUUUUUUCACAACUGAGAAUGACUUCUGGAUGGCAGCCGAAACGUCUUGUUUCUGAAAAAAAGAGUCCAGACGACUACGACUGAAACCUUUUCUACGAUAUUUCAAAGUCUUAAUAAGGAAAGUGUUAGAGGUUUGCAUUAGUCCAAAACAAUGUGAUUUUUUUCCCCCUUUCACUUAAUCAGCAAAUGAAAGGGACUUCCAAAGUGCUUAUUGCUGCACACACACUAUUGAUGUAACUGACACAUUCUCAAGAAAAUGCAGUCUCCAGAGAGGACAGUAAUUGGGUUUGUGAUAAACAUUUUUUAAAAUCCCUUCCUGAUAAACACACUGCUAAGGGGCCGCUCGGAUGUUGCAUCUAAAAACGCGUGGAAAACGUCAGCCGUGCCGCUUUCAUCCUUUUAUCCAAGGUGCCGUCAAACCACUGCACACUGCUAGAAGUUAUCACGACGCAAAAUGUGAAAAAACCUAACAGCGUAUCAUCGUGCUCACCAGUUAUCCCAGGCUCUGAGCCGAUAUAUCGCCAGGCUCUGAGCCGAUAUAUCGCCAGGCUGUGAGCCGAUAUAUCGCCAGGCGCUGUUCUUUCUGUUGCUGUCAGAAUAGUAAGAACUUGACAGGGCGUACAGCACUGGGUGUCCCUGAACGAGUACAAUCAGCUGCUCUUCCAUCUUCUGUUUGGCUGACCUUUCAACCGAAUGUUGUGACGUCCUUGGACGGAAAGGGUGAAGCAAUGUCCAUGACUUGGGGUGCGUUUGCUGCAUUUGAAAAAACAGAUUUUUCCAUUUUGGUGCCGCUACGGCGGCGCUUUCGGUUUAGAGUGUGCUUGUCGCGCAUGUUCAUUAAAAAUAAGGAAUUUGUACACGCAAAAGACACAACAUCUGAACAGCCCCGUAAGCUGUUAAAAUGUAACUGCAUUCACAAGCAUGAAUCAAGUCAAACACUGGGCUUUUGAUAAACAACCAGUGUUGUACUGAAGAUGCAUUCCAGUGAUUUAGUAUUGCACUUUCAUGAAGUUGGAGCACUUGCGAGAGACAGAUGUAAAAAACCCCAAACAGUAUUGUAAUGAUCAAAGCAGCAGAGGCCGAGAUAUCCCGGCUCUUAGUCACAAGUAUGAUAAGCUCCAAAAACACUGGAUCCUACGUUUCCCAUAAUGCAACUCACUAUCAUAUUUUGUUUGAGCCCCCUGUGUCUGGUUAACACCCACAGUUUUUAAAACUCAGUUUGCCUGCUUUGUAAGACAAACGUUUUGUUAAACAUUUGUCGUCUCCAAGCCCAAGGUAACAGAGAUAACCAUGAUGACAUCACUAUGACACUUCAAGGGUUCUUUUCCUCAGACUUGAGAGCCACAGACGACGACAUACAACUGUUAGGCUCACCAUGAACUCCUCAUCAUGAGUAAACUGAUCUCAAUGUGUAAAAUUGGUGGAGUGCCUCUCUAAUGAAUUGUCAGUUUGUAAUCAAGCCAUCGUGUCCGUUAUAUCAGAGGUACAGUAUGACAGUGAUUCAGUUAACACUGGCCCGUUACAGCAAAUAAGCAGUAGGGCUGUCAAUACUAGAUACAGUACCUGAGUUUCUGUACCAAUACCAAAACAUUUUCUUUUCUGAUACCUUACUUUCAUGAAUAUAAACACAUUUUUGUACAAAAUCCUAAUCGAAAGGAGCCACAGUUGUCAAAUGUUAAAUGUUGUGUAAACAGAAGCAGCCGUAACAGAACUUUGCCUUAAAUUGAAUACAGUCUUAACACUUCUCUUCAGGCAGAAACCGUCUGAUCAAAGAAUAAGUAAAGAAGAGGACGAGGAUUCGAUGCAAACUUUGGGUACCUGACAGAUUAAGAUACCCAACGACAUGACGUCUAUUUUUGGGCUUGCAGUUUAUAGUUUUGGACCCAUCAUCACACUCAUUGUUAAAUGUCUCUGAUCUGUUCUGUUUUUCAAAGAUGUCUUAAUUCACUAGUGUUGCACCAUCUGCCGUAUGUACAGUAUGGUGGCAUUUUGACUUGGUACUGUUUUUUUUUUAAAUCAGCUGUGUCUUAUGACUUUACAGUAUUUCUGACUCACUAGAUGGUGAAAAUCUAAAUCAGCCAGAGCUGAGAAAUUGAGUGUGAAUAUGUAGAGCUGUCUCCACUCAGAAACCUGGCUUGUUGUUUAUUUGCAGCCUUAGUUAUACAGCUCACUGUGCUAAAGCAGAAGCCUGCAGUGAGCCUCUCCACAGAACCAUUCUUUUCUAUAGUUUGUGUGCCUUUCCUCAGAUUGAUUGGAGUGAUUGUGUGUAAAGGUUGGUGUCUUAGAUUUGUGUUUAGGACGUCCUUACAGCAGUGCAAGCAAUAAAGAGAGCAGUGUUUUCA